AUGCCAACCUCAAACGUUGUCAAGGCUGUAAGGUUGUCUCAUACUGCGGUCGGGUUCCAUCAGACUUCAGAUCGUGAUUCUCACAAGAAGGAUUGUAACAAGAUCAAGAAGAAGCAUGCCGCACUGGCUACCGAAGAGCAGCGACUGCGUGACUUUCCAGGAGAUUUCAUGACCCCAGCAAACGUAUUCGAAGAGCGUGAGGGACAUUUCUGGGGAAUUUUGGAAACCCGCACGUACAUGAGAUUGCGAUAUGCUCUUAUCGAAGCGUUGUUGAAAGUUAACACGCGUGAUGCGGUUCAGGCUGCCCUCGAUCAUGCUAUGGACAUGUUGAGACUCUGUCGAUCAGACAAUAUCGGCGUUCGUGACCGCGUGCCUGCACUCUACUUGCGCCUCGGCAUGGAUCAAGAAGCCUAUGACUUCUGCAAGUGGUACGCUACAGAUGGCUCACGAGGUGACUACGAUUGGGGAGACAUGAAUCUUGGGUUUCUCGACGUGAAAGAUGCUAAUAUAUUUGAAUCUUCCAUGUUGGAAUUCCUUGGGUGUCAAGAUGCAAACAUCCUCAUCGUUAUAGCACUUAUCAAGAUACGACUGCUUCACCAACUCAUAGACCUCCGCAGUUCCAAUGCAAUUCGCGACCAGGUUCCCCAGGAGGUUCUUGAUAAGGUUCGGCGGGCGCUUGUGACCAAGGUUGUCUUAAAAGAGAAGGAUAUCAUGGACGAGAUGGAUCCGACUGCCAUGAUUCUCAACUUGCGCUUGGACAUUGAAACGCUAUUCUUCUCUAUUCAGGAAUCUUGCCCUUAUUUUUGGCCAGCGUUGCUUGACCCAGAACAACAUCUCAGUGCUCGCCCUGCCUACUACAGCUCCGGUUCCUUGGAACAAACGCAGCUCUACGUGCAAUACAACUAUCAUGCAUGGGCUGAAACUCCACGCGCACUCGACGUCAUUAAAUGCUUCGUUGAUGGAGCAGAAGACCUUUCAGAUUAUACCCGUGCCGAGGAAGAAAAGGGAGGAGACAAUGACGAUGAUUCAGAUGCAUGGGAAGACUGCGAUGAAGAGGACAUUUGGUUGAAGCUGCCACCGCCGAAGUGCACGUUUUACCCUCCUAUCAUUCAUUACCGCAAACCUGCUUGGAAUGUUUAG